GAAGUGUAAACUCGAAAAGCCACGGAGUGUGGGCGGGGCGGCCGGGAUAAGGGACUUUAUGGUAUAUCUGUCAUCAUAGAGGAUCCCCCAAUUGUCCCCAGCGCCGAUCACUGUCGGGGAACUCUGAGACGGCUGCCAGAUUUCGGUACUAUGACUGCCUCUCCUGCCCAUGAGGAGGGCAAUGUGUCAGUUGUCGUUCGUGUCCGGCCACCUAACUCGCGCGAGGAAGAAGGAAACCAGCACUCGGUUGUACACGUAGUAGACCACAGUAUUCUGCUGUUUGACCCGGAGGAGUCGGAGACAUCUAAUUUCUUCUCCAGCCUAAGGGGCCACGAAGGGACAAAGCGCAAAGGGAAAGAUCUGAAAUUCAUAUUUGACCGUGUGUUUGGGGAACAGAGCAGCCAGCAAGAAGUGUUUGAACACACCACUAAGAAGAUCCUUGACGGUGUCUUAAAUGGCUACAACUGCUCUGUGUUUGCCUAUGGAGCUACCGGUGCCGGGAAGACUCACACAAUGCUGGGUACGGAAUCUGACCCUGGAGUGAUGUAUCUCACUAUGGUGGAGCUAUACCGGGCCAUUGAGGCAAUCAAAGAGGAGAAGUCGUGCGAGGUGCUCAUCUCCUACCUGGAGGUGUACAAUGAACAGAUCCAGGAUUUGCUGGAACCCAAGGGUACUUUGGCAAUCAGAGAAGAUCCACUGAAAGGGGUUGUGGUACAAGGGCUCUCCUUCCAUCAGCCCAAAUCUGCGGAGCAGUUACUGCAAAUGUUAGCCAAUGGGAACCUUAACCGCACCCAGCAUCCAACAGACGCCAAUGCAUCGUCCUCUCGAUCGCAUGCUGUAUUCCAGAUCUACAUAAAGCAGCAAGACCGCACGGCCAGCAUCAGCCAGGACGUGCGCGUGGCUAAAAUGAGCCUCAUAGAUCUGGCUGGCUCAGAACGAGCGUCUUCAACAAACGCCAAGGGCGAGCGCCUGCGGGAGGGCGCCAACAUCAAUCGCUCUCUUCUGGCUCUCAUAAACGUCAUUAACGCUCUGGCUGAUGCAAAGAAUAAGAAAGCUCACAUUCCCUAUCGAGACAGCAAACUGACCCGGCUUCUGAAAGACUCCAUCGGAGGGAACUGUCGGACAGUCAUGAUCGCAGCAAUUAGCCCAUCUUUUCUGAGUUAUGAUGACACCUAUAACACUCUUAAGUAUGCCAACCGUGCCAAGGAGAUAAAGCUGUCGCUGAAGAGCAAUGUGAUCAACUUGGACUGCCAUAUCAGCAAAUACGCCGCUGUGUGUGAGGAGCUGAAGGCGGAGGUCGCUGAACUGAAAGCUAAACUGCGCGCCUAUGAGACGGAGCAGCCCAGCGAUAAGGACCCGGAGAUUCCCCCUCUGCUGAAAAGCCCAAAACAGGGGAAAUCUAUCAGAUUAGAAGAGCCGUUAGACACAUCAAGUCCAGAGCAAGGAUGCAAGACCCGCCUGCAAGCACUGGGCAGUCUGUCCCCCAGUCACUUACAGCACAAGCGCAGCCUGAAGAAGACUACAGAAACUCAGGAUCUUAUGUCGGACAGCAUUGAAAGGGGAGCAGGAGAAGAAUCCAGUCUCGGCGUACUACUGGAUCUGCAAAACAAUAGCACUGACAACUUGGUUAAUGCUCUUCUACGCGUUGUCCGGAAACAGUACGCACUUCUGAAGCAGGCUGGUCUCCAGACGCCAGAAAUGGAUGCUGAGUUGCAAACUCUGGAGGUUAUGGCAGCAGGCGGUCAGAGUGUGACUGAUGUAAUACAGGAUGAGAUGGAGGAUAAACCUAAGGUUUGCGGGACAGUUACCAUUGAGACCGCCAAAGAAGAGGACCUACAACUGCCAUCAAUGGAAGGUGGUCAAUAUUUUUUUAGUUGUCCAGAUAUUAAAAUGGAGGAAUCCCCUGAGCACAUUGUACCAGCGCCCCCCACCAGGAAGAGACUGCCAACCAAGCGCCACCGGCGAGAACUUCUGCCAGACGUCAGCCCCACGCUCUGUAGCCCAGUUGUGCCAGUAAAGAGAAGGAGAAAAGCAGAAUCCAGCACCCCAUCUAAGUCCAGGGAAGUCCUUCCCAGCACCCCAGAGGUGCUUGUGAAGAGGGCGAGAAAGUCAUCCAUCCCCAGCCGGCCGACUCUCCGAUCUAGUGCGAAACACUGUCCUAACCCCAAUCUCGCCAAUCCAUCAAAAUGCUGCACUCCAAAGCAAGCCUCCCUAGCAGCGCCAAAGCUGGUGUCUCAGACUGUCACAAAAAAACGGCCGCCCCUGGGGACAUCUUCCCUCCAGAACAGCGCCUCAGUCCGUGCACCAGCUCUGGCACUCCGGGACAUGAACGCCACGUUUGACCUGGCUGAAGAAGACUGGUUGAUGCCGGAUAUGGACAAGACGGUCACUUUUGGGACCUCUAAGUUCCCCGGCUGGGAAAAUGUUGGCGUAUCGCAGAUUGACUGCACAUUUCUGAAAAGUUCUGAUGUUCCGGUGUUCGUCAUGAGUGGCCUCUCCGUAAAGGACAAAAAAGCUGCAUCUCUCACCUCAUCUGUAAAGCCCUACUCCCAGCGGAGGAGGCGAUCUAUGAGUUCAUCCUCCUCACGUGCCGGUGGUGGGACAGUCAGCCAAAGUCGUAUUGGCAGGUUACAACUGAGCACAAACAAACAGCUGCAACGACCACCUACCAUAACAGAAAACAUCUCCUGCAGCCCCCGGGGACAAAGUACCAAGAGGACAGGGAAAGGGACAGUGGCGUUUGGCAGGUCGUUAGGAGGAGCUCCAGGGAAUAGAUUUAUGCAGCUUGCAGCUACCAGAUCCUGAAGACACUCUCUGGUCUCCUCUCCUCCAGCUCCUCCAGCUGUUAUGUAGUUACAUUCUGCGGGGCUGACACAGCCGGAACCUCAGAGAAACCUCCUGCCGGAUCUCCACCACAUCAUGUACACGCUCCCACUGGAUCUGCAUGAGAUGUGUUUUCCUGAUGCUUCUGUUCUCCAGCUAUGUAUUUAUCACAUAUUAUUGCUGUAUUAUCAGUACAUUCCUAAAUGGGCAGGUGUGUGUGUUUAUUUGCCUCCAGAGGGGCGUAAAGACACAUUAUAGGAUUUGCCCAUUGCUGGGUUCCCAGAUUAUUUUCUAAGGACUUUUAUUCAUUUUAGCAAGUAUAAUCUUUAUAUUUUUACACAAAAUGUAUAUAGAAUCUUUAAUUAGUUGGUGCCGCAAGUCUCCUAUUUUUGCCUUGAUUUCCAAAAUUGUUUGUGUGAUUACAUAAAAUCCUUUGCGCUCGGCCAGCAUAUUACUGUAGCUUUGUAGCGUGAUCAUACACACGUCUUUAUAGGAAGGACUUCAUUCCGACAGUUGCUAUGAGCUUACAAUACGAACGCUGUUUUUAUAUUUUACACAACUGUCUCUGGCAUUAGCCAGUCUUACUUUUAAGGUCUCUAACCGAUUGUCAACCUUGCAAUACUUUUCUCUGGAUUGAACUUGUGUACCCACAAAAAUAAGUCUGGAAAUAGAAACCUUGGUCACUGAAAGACCCCAUACAUAAUGUUACUCCACAGUGUUGAGACGUCACUUUUUUUUUUUUUUUUUUGAAUGCUGCCUGUUUCAUUCUGUAUAUUACUAAAUAUGAAACGCGUUGGACUGUCCCCCAGUGUCCACCCCAACACAAGUGGCACAACGUCCUCUCACCAGACUUGUAUGAUUAUACUUGUGGUCUCGUUACUGUUUGAGUUUGUGUCUCUUUUUAAAUGCAAAUCAAACACGAGUGACAAUACGGCUUAAAGCUUGCUGUAGCACACAUGCAGUGCGGAGCCAUUGGCAAACUGCAUCGCGUUUGGCUUCCAUGUUUUACAGUUGGUUAGACUGGGGGGGGAGGGUGAUCGGCAGAUCAGAUUUACUUUACAGUAUGUACUGACCUUCUGCAUUAUUCCAAACAAUUUGUCGUUUUUUUCGCAUAACUUUUUAUUUUCCUUUUUAUAAUUGAACAUGGUUCCUAUCAAAACAAUAGGGUAAUAUUUAUUAUUGUAAUAUGUCCUUUGUGUUAGUAUUUAGACCACUAUCAUACAGGUUUCUGCUGUUAUCUGUUGCCAGUUGCUUGUAGCCAAUCUACUUUACCAUGGACCACUAACUUCUACCACCCGCUGUUACGGGUGUGGUAUGUUAGGUAGAUUAGACUUGGGUCGACCACUAUUGGUCGAUAGUAAGUAGGGCGACAGGGACUCUAGGUCGACAUGAGUUUUUUUUACUUUUUUUGGUGUUGUUUUAUCUGUACAGUGACCGGGAACCCCAAUUAGUGCACCGUGUCCCCUCGCAUGGCUCGUUUCACUCGCCAUGCUUCGGGCAAGGUGCCUCGCUCCGCUACCGCUGUGUUCGACACAGGUUACUGUUCGCAAUCAUAGUCCACGUGGAUCGUAAAGUAUGAAAAAGUAAAAAAAAAAUUUUUAAAAAGUGAAAAACUCAUGUCGCCCUAGAGUCCCCGUCAACCUAUUUACUGUCGACCUAAAGACCGGAUCCCGCUGUUACUACCCAGCAUAUGAUGGUAGAGGUGCAUCAUGAUAAACACUUAAACUAUGUAGAAUACAAAGGAAGGUGCUUAAUAAUAAAAAUAGGGUUAAAAUUAUGUGUUUUUAUAUA